UCCAUCUACAGCUGCUGAUGGAAUAUGUAUUUCUUUUCCAGUAGGCCAAGGUGGAGAAUGGGAAAUAAAGAACUCUCUCAGUUGUGGAAGUGGGCAGAUUAAAACCCAAAUGCUCUUACUAAUCCACAGCGUGUCCGUACUCCUGUUGUCUCAGAGUAUUGGAAACCCUUGGCUGAAGAUAUGGACUUAUCCGCUGGAAUUGAAGCUGAAUACCACCAUAAAAACAACCGGGUUUAUUGCUGGAAAGGUCUUCGAUUUGCAGCUCGGCAGGACUUGGAUGGACUUCGAUUUUCCAAUGGACACUGAUGUCACAGCCACAACUCCAACAGCAGAUGAAAAUCAGAAGCAAAGCUCUGACACCGAUGCGGGUCAGGAGGCAGGGCAGUCAGAAGCAGAUGCUGAAGCAGAGGCUGGAAUGAUAGAUGGGGAGACAGAUGCAGAGGUUGAUUUAGAUGCAGUUGGCUGAGACAUGCAGGACCGGCUUUCUGGACUGGCCUUAGUAGUUGACCCAAAGCCAAACUUACAGUGCUAGCUGUUUAUCUCUCUUUACUAAACAAGGCAGUAAGCAUUAUAUCACUGAUAAAUGCAAAUAAUAUCGUCACAAUUUUUUAGGAACAUUUCUUUGUAACAUUAAUUCCAAACUUUGCAAAAGCAUUUGAUUCCUUUCUCAAAA